AAUUAAAAUGGGUAGAGAUUUAGAGAAAGGAAAGGAUUAUAAUGUAUCAAUAUAAUAAUGAUAGAAGGAAUCUUCAAAUAAAACAAGCAAAAAGGAUAAAAAGGAGAAGAGAGAGAAACAUAAAAAAAAGGAGAAGAAAUAAAGAAAAGAGGGUAAAAAACAAAAAUAAUAAAAGAAAAAUUAAUGGGGAAAGUAUGGUACAAUAAGGUUAUAUAAUAUCAUUAUUAAAGUAAUACAGACAUGUACUUAAAACGUGAAGAGUUUUUGAUGUGGCUUUCAGAUGUCAAGAGGCUUAAUAUUGAAGCAAUUACACCAUAAGAAGAGAAAAAGUUUUUUGAAGAAUAUGUUGAAUGUUAUAAUACUGCUACUUUUCCAUCAAAGAAAUUUUAUAAUUUCAAAGUAUGGUUUGAGAAAGAACAACUUAAAGGACAUUUAUAGUAAGCAGAAAUUGAAAUGCGCACUUUUGAUGAUGAAAAAGAAAAAUAGUACAUUUAUUUUUUUUAAUUUUUAAUAGAAAAGAAUAACAAGAAGAAAAAGAAUUUUAAAAGAGAUAAAAACUAUAAAGAGAAUAUUAACAUCUUCAUGAAUUUGAGAAUAUUGUAAUAAAUUGUUUAUUUAUUAAGGCAAAAGACAUGCAAAAAUAAAAACAGCUAUAAGAACUCUUGAGGCAUUAUUUUUAAAUGGGAAAUCAUGAGGCUGCUAUGAAAAUUCAAAAAUAAUUAAAUCCUAUUCAUACAAUUGAUAUGAAUUAAAUCUCAUAAUAACCUCCAAUAGACUAUGACUAUGAUUAUGAUAAUUUCUGAUCCUAUGACAUUUAUAUUAAAAACAAG